AUGGUGGUGAGGAAGUACGUGUCCUCCCCCUCUUCCAGCGGCAAAGCCGCUCCUCGGAAAGCUGCUGUAAGAGAUGCUAAAAACCUAGUUCCUAUGGAUCCUAAUGGCUUGUCAGAUCCCUACGUGAAGCUUAAACUAAUCCCUGACCCCAAAAACGAAAGCAAACAGAAGACCAAAACCAUCAAGUGCUCCCUGAAUCCUGAGUGGAACGAGACGUUUAAAUUCCAACUGAAAGAGGCAGACAAAGACAGGCGGUUGUCCGUGGAGAUCUGGGACUGGGAUCUGACCAGCAGGAAGGAUUUCAUGGGCUCCUUGUCCUUCGGGAUCUCUGAGCUGCAGAAGUCGGGAGUCGAUGGAUGGUUUAAGCUGCUGAGCCAGGAGGAGGGGGAGUAUUUCAACGUCCCGGUGCCUCCUGAGGGAGAAGAAGGAAACGAGGAACUGAGGCAGAAAUUUGAGAGAGCCAAGAUUGGAACAGGCUCCAAGGCUGCGGAUGAGAAGACAACAAAUGCCAUUUCUAAAUUCGACAACAACGGGAGCAGAGAUCGGAUGAAACUCUCAGAUUUCAAUUUCCUGAUGGUGCUGGGAAAAGGCAGCUUUGGGAAGGUGAUGCUGGCGGAGAGGAAGGGCACGGACGAGCUCUACGCCAUUAAGAUCUUGAAGAAGGACGUCGUUAUCCAGGACGAUGACGUAGAGUGCACAAUGGUUGAAAAACGCGUCCUGGCUCUCUCCGGGAAGCCUCCGUUCCUGACCCAGCUCCACUCCUGCUUUCAGACGAUGGAUCGCUUGUAUUUUGUGAUGGAAUACGUGAAUGGUGGGGACUUAAUGUACCAGAUCCAGCAGGUUGGGAGGUUUAAAGAGCCACAUGCUGUGUUCUACGCAGCAGAAAUAGCCAUCGGCCUCUUCUUCCUGCAGAGCAAAGGCAUCAUUUAUCGAGACCUGAAGCUGGACAACGUGAUGCUGGACAGCGAGGGGCACAUAAAGAUCGCCGACUUCGGCAUGUGCAAGGAGAACAUCUGGGACGGGGUGACCACCAAGACCUUCUGCGGCACUCCGGACUACAUUGCUCCGGAGAUAAUUGCUUAUCAGCCCUACGGGAAGUCCGUGGAUUGGUGGGCGUUUGGAGUCCUGCUCUAUGAGAUGUUAGCUGGCCAGGCUCCCUUUGAGGGAGAAGAUGAAGAUGAGCUCUUCCAGUCCAUCAUGGAGCACAACGUAGCCUACCCCAAGUCCAUGUCCAAGGAGGCGGUGGCAAUCUGCAAAGGG